AUGAACCACUCAGAUCCACCCGAGGGAUCACCUCCUUCUUUCAUACCUCCCUUGUCCAAUUAUGCAGGUUUCGGCAUGUUCGAAGACGAAACAGAGCAGACUCUGGAGCGCACCAUAUUCAACGAUACUCUGGCGGGACUUAUAGAGGCGGCCGUUGAAGAUGUUCUUCCACGAAGAUUUUUUGAGCACGCUCAAGACCCAAACACCACUUCCCAGGCUUCUCUGGCUGGUACAGAGCAAGCAAGUGUGUAUCCACCCUUCUGGUAUGAGGAAUCACCUCAUACUGACGAAGAAAUGGUAGACAUUGAAGAAACACCCAAUCGAUUCAUUAGUGGCACUGGUGCUUCAGGGGUUGCCAACGUUUAUCAAACCACUGCCGCUGGAAUGAAUGAGAACACUGAACCCUCUUACAGCAGCCUCAACACUCUUCCAGCUACAAAAAACAAGGCGACAAUCAAUCCUACCGAGAAGAGUGUCGCGGUUCGCAACGAAAAGCGGUCCAGAACCGUUACACGACGCAACGCAGGUGAAAGCGUGGCUUUUGACACUUAUGGUGAACUGGAGGAGUAUCCAGCCAGUACUGAACCUCUCCCAGCAGAACUAUCAAUAGAGGAACUUUGCACAUCCUACCCAAAUCACCUCAAUGGCGAAGGACUCGAUCCCUUCAUCCAACGAAUGCUUACCGGCCUAGACAUCUUCAACCUUCUGCACGAAGACACCGUCGCCGCACUCCAAAGAGAUGGUAUCAUGAGCGCCGACAAAAGAAAUAGAGCAAACUUCCUCACCAAACGUCUUGAUCGACGUAUGUUAUCCCUCGGUUUCAAAGGCAUGAAAGAACUUAUCGAAAAGCCAAAACUCCGGCAUUUCAAGGAUCCAAAGCGCGAGAAUCAAGUUGGUCGCUCAAAAUUGAGAGGCCUCUACCCAAAUCCUCAUGCCCAACCCCGUCGACAGUAUGGGAAAGUGUUUGACCGAAUCAGCAAGACGAAGGGUACAUUGAAGGAGGACGAAAAUGAAACAGAGGAGGAAGCUUUUACAGCCAGUUUGAGCGGCGCAGAAGCAUUGACGUCAAACCCCUUUACACCCAUCCCUCUCACCCAAACGAACCAUCUAAUUGAUUACGAACCGUUUUUCAGCCACUCACCCGAAUAUGUGCGCUAUUCUGCAGCCAUGGCCGACCAGUGGCUUGAUAUCAGAGAGACAGGGCAUCUGAUCCUAUCCCUGGAUCAGGAUUUGAGGAACCCAAAUGGUCCACUGUAUGCAGCAACGCUGCUAGACUUUGGCCUUUGGACUAUAACUGAUGAUACUGAACAAUUCGUGUUCAGUGAUGAUAUUGAGAACUCUCCUGCUUGGGAUUAUAGCAUUCAACAGAUUUUCAUUGACGAAUUUGAACGUGUACUGGCAGAAUCCAAUGGCGAAGACCUGUUGGUGCUCCAGCAGCGUGCUGUUGACCACAUUAUUGUCACAAGGCAGAGCCAAUUACAACGUCUGGAGCGUCUGCUCACCAGAGGGCAGGGUAUGGGAACUAAUCUAAUUCAAAAUUUUGUCAGGAAUGAAUACUAUGGCCAGGGUGCAUACAUCUCGGCUUGUGGGUAUGACACUCCACUUGAGUUGUCGUCAGAUCUGGCUAUUCAACUUCCAAAUGUUUCUCCACAUGCUCAAACAAACACACAAACUCAUUAUUGGAGCAAUGUAUCUGAUGAUGACUGGCUAGCCUACCACAGCAACACUGGCUUUGCAAUUCAACCGUCGGCUCCGCGAGAUGCAACACACCUUGUUCAAAACUCUCAAACUUGGAUUGAACCGAGUUACAACUAUGAUGCCAUGUCGUUUGACGCUGGUUCAGGUACAAUCGAGUCUCAAUUUGACAAUAUCGAUCCUCGACUGAGGCCCAAUUAUUCGAGUCCUGGUACUUCAGUGCACAAUUCGAUUGUUCCUUCAUUUCCUGUUCCUCCACUUCCUCCAAGAAAAAACAAGCGUGAUCGCGACCUGGAGGAUGAAGAAGAGCGUGCUCUCAAACAUCUGCGAAGAUUUUGA